CUUUCUGUUGUGCAGGGAGGCGAGUUCACUGGUUAUAUUGUAUCAAGAUAUCAGGUUUGAGUAUUGACUGUGAACAAACGUGCGCUCUUUUUGAGAGAUGUGUACCUUCCCGGCUGCACUGCAGGCUGUUUACUAGAUGCGUUUUAGGUUUAAGACGCUGUAUUGAUACCCCUUGCGUAUCACCUGUAAAACAGCCCUUUAAUCCCUUUGAGGUCUUGCAGCCGUAAACAAAACAUAAACGUUUAUGCUAAAUCUGAAGGCGUGUUUAGUAAUGCAUUAUGUUAUGCUAUGGAAUAGAUGAGAUAAUCCGUAUGUUUCGUAAUUUAAUGUAAUAGGCUAUCAUGCGUCAGCCUUAGGUCUAAAUACAUAUAUUUUGGGGAAAGAUUGUUUACAAACAAUCCUUAUUACCUAAAGGACUUGAAAAACACAGACUGAAAAGACUGUCCAACUUAAACAGGGCAGGAUGGAGUGGCUUCCCCAGGACCAUGCCUUCGUGGAGCUGCUUCCUCCUGGGGUGCCCAGCGAGGGGGACCUCCAGCAGCUGCUCAGGGACACGGAGGACAAGCUGAAGCUCAACGCCUGCAGUAUUGAGCAGAGUGUGAAGGAGCUGCAGGUGAAGAUGGGAGAGGCCUGGGUGGGGGAGCGCUCUCCCAGCCCCACAGAAUGUCUGCAUUGGUUCAGUCCACGGAACCCCGCCACGGCCAGGCCUGUCGCCACGGGACACCAAGAACUCCUGGACUUCCUGAAAGCCCUGCUACAGUACCUGAGCUCAGAGGAGGAGGGCAGAGAGGAUGCCACCCUCCACCUGCUGCUCAGCCUCUCCUCCCAGUGUGGGGUCGCCUUCCCCACCGCUGCCCCCGCCCCAGCCCCGCCCGUCAACCUCCUCCGGGACGACUCGGCCCUGGAGGUCCAGGAGGCCUGGGACGACGUGCGAUCCCGCCUGCGACGCCACAUCCUGGGCCGGCUGUCUCCCGGGGGGCCCUGUGGCAUCGGCGUGGCCCCGAGGAUCCAGGCCCUGCAGCAGCUGUGCUUCCUCCUCCCCGAGGCGGAGGUGCUGGGCCUCUACCAGGGCCUGAGGAGCCAGGCCGUGCUGGGCCAGCUCCGCGCCGCCCUCGCCCCCGCCCCCGGGGGGGCGACGGGCUUCUCCAGGCUGGAGGAGGGGCUCCGGCGGGCCGCCCCGCCGCUGACCCGGGCCCUCGGAGAGGAGCUCCACGUGCUGAACGGCGUGGCGGAGCCCCACGCCAUCCUGGGGUUCCUGAACGCGGCCUACCUCGGGACCCUGGCCCGGGAGCUGGAGGCCGCGAUGGAGAGGGAGUGCGACGUGGCUCUGAACGAGAACACGGCGCCUCGCAGCAAGGCCAGGAGGAUCUCGGCCAGGGCCAAGGCCUCUGUCGGUCAGUGA